AGGUCAUGAUGCUGAUCCGGAACCACCCCGUCCCCGUCAUUGCCAUGGUCAAUGGCUUGGCCACAGCUGCCGGCUGUCAGCUGGUGGCCAGCUGUGACAUUGCCGUGGCCAGCGACAAGGCCUCUUUUGCCACUCCUGGGGUGAACGUCGGGCUCUUCUGUUCACCCUGCGUUGCCCUGGGGAGAGCAGUGCCCAGAAAGGUGGCCUUGGAGAUGCUCCUCACCGGGGAGCCCAUCUCCGCGCAGGACGCGCUGCUGCACGGGCUGCUGAGCAAGGUGGUGCCGGAGCCGCGGCUGCAGGAGGAGACCAUGAGGAUCGCGGCGAAGAUCGCCUCCCUGAGCCGCCCCGUGGUGUCCCUGGGCAAGGCCACCUUCUACAAGCAGCUGCCCCAGGACCUGAAGACCGCCUACUGCCUCAGCUCCCAGGCCAUGGUGGACAACCUGGCCCUGCGGGACGGGCAGGAGGGGAUCUCGGCCUUCCUGCAGAAGAGGCCACCCGUCUGGUCACACUGAGCCCAGAGGGAACAGAGCCCCAAUGGGGGCGAGCCCACCUCCUGGUCCCAGCCCCUGCCGCCGCCUAUCCACAGAUGACAAAGACAGGCUGCUCUUAUUAAUACUGGUUUCACAUUAAUAUUGUCAUAUUUAUGACAAUAAAAGCCCUGAAUUCAUGGGGAGAGGAUGGGUGGAGAGAAACUUCGGCGCUGACUCAGUGGGAGGCUUGCGGGCCCCUGCCGCCGGCCACCCAUGGCAGAAGGCCCGGCACGAGGGACUCUCCUUCCCAGAGCCUUAGGUGGGCGGCCACCCUCACAUAGCAGGAGGUCCCACCGCCCAAUCGAGGCAAGAAAGGAGGGCGGCCACCUGACCCUAUUCAGAAAUGUCCUCUGAUUAGGAGGUAAUUCUGGUCGCUCCAGAGAGCUGAAACAUCUCAGAUCUCUCCACCCUGAAAAUCUGGAUCCUAAAGAGAAAAAAUCAUGCCUGUGCCUUGCAAAUAAUCUUAUGUGAUUAUUUAAUCUAUUUAAUUUAUAGAAACUGGUAAUUUUUUUCUUCCCAACCACACUGUAAAGCUAAGAGAAAAAAAAAAAAAAAUCAAUUAGCUCUGCCUUUGUUUGCCCACGCUGAUGGCCACGGAGUGAGGGCCCGGUACUUCUGUCGCGAGUUUCCCUGCCAUGCAGGCGUCUGGGAAAUGUGGAACCCCAGACCGAACGUGAGGAUAAAAGCACUGGGGGGAGGGGGAGGGAUGUGGCACACACACCCCACCCAUGGAGGGUCACCCCCUCCAGACACGUUUCCGAACUGUGCUCAGCUUCCAGACAGAAUGCGAUUCUUCUAAUUUGGGAAAACAGUUGGCUAAUUCGAUUUUUAAGCUUUCUAAACAUUUUUGAUUAAAGAUGAUUAUGUCUUGGCAAUCUA